AUGCCCGGCGAAGUAGAGCUGGGCACGGACGACGCCGGCCUGGUCGUGCUGCGGCCUGCUCGCAGCGGCAAGGCGAAGGAGCCAGAUCCUGCCCUGCAGUCCUUCCUCGGGCGCCUGCCUGGUGACCACUUCCUCCCGGAGGAGGAGAACCUGAGAGAAGCCAUCGUUGCCGCGGUCGAAAAAGGGCCUGCAACGCUGGCGCAGGUGAAGAGAAUCCCCACCGUGAUCAAGUUCACCAAGAUCCUCCUGCCACAAGCCGUGGCGCUGGAGGACUGGAUCGAGCGCCGCAUCGGCGCGGAGGUGGCCGUGGACUCGGACGAGCGCGGGCAGCGCAUCUGCCGGUCCAUGCACGGGCCGGUGGCCACCAAGGAAGCACCGCCGGACUUCUUCAGCAGUCUUCCGAAGGAUUCCUUCUUGCCGGAGGAGGAGAGGCUGCGCCUCGCCAUCUUCGACUUCCUCGCCGGCUGGAGCUCGCCGGACUUGGCGACGCUGAACAUCUGCGCCCAGCAUCCACCCGUCGCCGAGGCAAAGAGGGCCUUGCUCGGAGAGAGAGGCAACGUGGGCCUCAAAGAGUGGGUGGAGCGGCGGAUCGGCGGGGAGUUGACCACGCCUCAGAGUGAGGUCGGCAGUGAGAGCGCGGAGCUCGCCAAGGCACAGGCUUUGUGCGCGGAAUUCCCUGAAGACGAUGAGCCGAUGGCUUGCAAGCGCCGCAAGCUGGACGGUCAGGUGCCGGAUGCCGCCAAAGAAGCCAGGAGAGGCGCGAAGCCUUUGAAGGUCAAUGGUCCAUCUACCAUCCAGACCUUGCGAGGGCGACUGCAGGGGCGAGAAGUGGCGCUGGUUUUGUGCGGGGAGUCCCACGAGGAUGCCAUAGACUUGACGCGCCGCAGAGGCGUGGUGGCCGCCGAGGAAGGGUGGAUCGCAGUGGACCACUGCCGCGUUUUCGAUGCAGCGAAGGCCCUCGCCAGCAAAGGAAGGCUCUCGCUGCGGGGUGCCCAGCGCUGGGCGAAGGAGAUCUUGGAAGAGACGGAGGAGGAUGCGAAGAUCGUGGGUGCCCACUUGGUGUUUGAACCAAGAACCAGGACGCGCGGCACGGCCUCCGUGUACCUCCCGUCGAUUGCCGCCGUCGAUUCGACGAUUGGAGUAGCGCACGGCCACGGGGCCACUUCGGCGUGCCGGGUCUUCCGCUACGGGGACCUGGACAAGGAGGCGCGGGAGUUCAACGAGCGGCGGAUGAAGCCGAAGGAUCAGCGCGACUCCGUGGAGCAGCAGGACGCGCUGAUCCGGAAGCGGAAGGCGCAGCGGCGCGCGGAAGGCUUCGAGCUCUUCGACGACUGGCUCCUGCGGCAGGCCUCGUCGAAGAACGUCCACGUGGAGGUGGUGUUGGAGGCGCCGGUGAGGGCUGAGGAGCUUCAACUUCACGAAAGCGAGGCGCUGCGAAGCGCGCCGAGUCCGCCGGAGCGCCUGGAGGCCAUCGCCCUGGACUCGGAGGAAGAUGAGGACGAGGCCGCCACGCCCGGAGCAGGCGCGUACCUGGACUUCCUGCGGCGCCGCCUGCUGGCGGAGCUGGGCCCUCGGCUCCAUGGGGUGGACGCGCGUGGCCUCGGGGACUCCGAGGACGAGCACCUGCCAAAGAACUUGCGAGGCUCCUUUGACGCCUUGCGCAGUGCUUUGCCUCGGACGCCUGACGAGGAACCCGUGCUUCCCUCCUGGGAAGCCUUCUUCGGUGGCGCGGCGGAUCUGCUGUACUACGCCCCCCACGUGAAGGCGGACUACGCGCCCUUCCUCAAGUCCUGUAUGGGCACCGCAGCCAACAUGCGGCGCUUCUUCCGGACCUUGUUCUUCGAGUCCGUGCCUGAAGCCUUAGCGCUGCUGAAGAUCGACGAGGACACCCGGCGCUGCUGCCACGUGCGCGCGCCCACCUACCGCCCGGCCUCGUCUUCUACCGCCGAGUUGCGCCCGGAGGGGCGAUGCCACUCAGGGCGCCGCACCUUGCCGGUGAGGGUCGCGCCUCUGCAGCGCUACCUCGUGGCGCGGGGCUUUGACAAGCCGCGAACCUGGGUGGCAGGCAUUGCCGAGCGCCUGCGCCAGCGAGGCGCUGGAGCGCUGGUGGAGUCUGCACAAUGCUGGUACCUAUCCGCGGUGGACCGCAUGCUGGCGGAUCCCAAGGGAGCCGAUGCGGAAGGCGACAACUUCGUGGCGUGGCUGCGCGCGGUGCUUCCAGAGGUCUUCAGAGACAUCGACACCUACGACCCCCCGAAGCUGCGGCGCAAGCACUGGGCGCGGAGCCGAACGUCGAAGCGGCGCUACAACCUGAAAGACAUUCGGAUCCCAUCGAUUGAAGAAGCUUUCAGAGGAUUUUGCAGAGCCAAGAGGUCCACCGCUCGCGAGCAGGUGUUGUCAAAGAUCAUGGUGGACAUUUUUCAGCUGCGCUCAGUGGACCUGGCCAUGAUUUUGAAGGCCGCGGAGGCGGGCCUGGAGGCGCCCAAAGCCCAAAAGGUGGUGGUGGUCUGCUAUGGGGGCCUGGACCACACCCGGAACGUGGCGAGGUUCUUUCGGGCCCAGGGCUUCAGUGCGGAGGGCCUGCCCCGCAAGGGCCUUCUGGGCCGGGAGGAGCCUGGGCCUCGGAGAGAUCUUGUGAGUGCCCGCAUCCCGGAUUCCCAUUUUGACCGAGCACGUGGAUGGGACGUCGAUCUGGCUGGCGGGGCUUCGAUCUCGCUUGGGGCGCGCGACGAAACCCUGAGCCCCGAGCUGCACGGCGUCCGAGAGGCCAGCGGGCGCUUCAUUGCGAAGUCUGAGGCGGAUUUUCCGGGAUGGACUCUCAAGGAGGACCGCAGGGGCUGUUUCGAGAUCCACCUGACCCCCGCUGGGCACCCGGUGGUGGCGGAGCGGUUGGCGCUGCGAAGACCGGCUCCGAUGUGGCCUCCACCCAUUCAUGCUGGUCCGCCUCCAUUUGCUGCGCAUCCCAUGAUCCCAAGGGACCGCAGCAAAGAGGGUCGCCGGGAGGACCGCAAAGAGAAGGAUAGAGAAAGAGAAAAGAGACCCGACAAAGAGGAGGCCCGCGAGGCCGCCCGGGCGUCCAAGCAGAGCUUCUUCGGCUCCCUGCCCGCCGAUGAGCUGACUGAGAAGGAGCUAGAGCUUAGACAGAUCAUGAUCGAUCACAUGGACCGGUACUUUGCCAAGAACCCGACUGGCGAAGGGCCGGCUCUCUCGUCCAUUGCCAGCAGCAAGGCGACGCAGAAGGUGAAAGGCCAGCUGUUGAGCAAGAGCGUCUCUUUGAGAGACUGGAUUGACAGACGAAUAGGCGGCGAGGUGGGCACCAGAGAAACUUCCAAUGGCCAGAUCGCGGUCUACUUCCGCGACCACGAGGCUCAAGAGGAGCCGGCGCUUGAGCCCGUGGAGGGGGCGGAGCUGGAUCCAAAGGCUCAGGCCUUCUUUGACCAGCUCCCGCCCGACGGCUUUCUGCCGACUGAGGAGGCCCUGAGAGAGGCGCUUCUGAACUUUAUGGAUCAGUGGCAGGAACCAGCUGCCCCGACCAUCAACGCUGCGAUGCGGGUCAAGGAGGUCCGGGACGCCUGUGGGGAGUGCCUGGCUUCAGAGCCCUCUGUCUCCUUGAAGAUGUGGAUCGACCGCCGCAUCGGCGGUGAGAUUGCGACCUGGAGACAAGAUGGGAGGGCAGCUGAGAUUUCCUUUGGUCUGCGUGCGGUUUGGGGAGAGGAGGCAGAUGCUGCAAACCAGGAGGAGGCCUUGCAAGCCGAGGGCACCGAGAGCAGCGCGAAGAAGCGCCGGGUGGAGCGAGGCUGA